UGUUGACUAAUUUGUUGUUGCAGGUUUGAACAGGAGACAAAGGCGAUGCUACAGCGUGUUGGAGCCACAGCUGUGGAAGACCGACCCAAGAGAGAAUUGGACUUUAGCGCUAACCAAGACGAGAGUCCACCCUCAGGCGAAGACCUGCUAUCGAGUCUGACGUCGACGUUUGAUGCGAAAAUGCGCUCACUGCUUUCUGGGUCGGCUGCUGCGGUCACGGCAGAAGUGGAGCCACCUGUGGCUGGGGACCCGGCAGAUGAUGUGACGGCAGACGUGACGUCAUCGACAUCAGCCGAUGUGACGUCACCCGCCUUCCGUGAUCCCAGCCUGCAUCGGUCCACCUCUACUACUUCUGCCGGCUCCAGUCAACACUGCUAUCAGUUGAACCGUAGCAACUCAUCAACCGGCGGCGGCGGCAGCAGCCAGGAAAGCAAACAGCAGAGUGUCAAUGAAGAGGGGGAUGAGGGGGACGAACAAUCAUCAUUAUCACUAGAAGGAAAGAAGAAGAAGAAACGAGUGGAAGGAGAAGCAGAGGAAGAAGGAGAGGGCGAAGAGAAGAAGGACGACAGUGUGCUCACCAAGGAUCCUCUGUCCUGUAAAGUCAUUUUACAGGAGCAGAAAAAGGAUGAUGAUGAAGCCGCCUUUGUUUGCAAGGUGCGACGCAGUGAAUCGUUGGAGAAACGCGCGUUGAAAAACGCAGACGAUUUGCUGGCGGCUGGGGAGAGCAAGAUAUCGCGUCGCAGUUCAGAUCGCGCGUUGAAACGCAGUGAUUCGCUCACCAAGUCAGAGAAGACCGAAUCGAAUCUCUAUCGGCGGCGACAGGCCAGCCAACAACAGGCAAGCAAACGUAAGAACGGUGUAGCAGCGACCAGUAGUAGUACGGGAGGGGGAGGGGGAGGGGGAACCAACACACGCAAAUGCGCCAUCAAACGGCGUCACACAGUCGGAGGCACCAAGGACCUGACGUGGGCGCUGGACGCAGUCGAAACUGGACGCAGUGACAGUGGCUCGGGUGCCGGUGGUUCGGAGGCCACCUACCAGCACAGGCGAACCUCAUCGCCGGACCUCAGUCGAGCCGCGCGCUCUGCCUGCUGUACGCUGGUCGUCGCUCCGUGGGGGGGUGAGGGUGUCGGGGUCACUACGCCGCUCGAGUCGCACGUCUAGUGCGCCGCCAUCUUGGAUGCUGAGGUAUAGUGAGGUCCACGUUAUAAUGGCAGUGUAGGAAGAUAGGAGAAAAGGGUUGCCACAUCUCAGCCUUGCCACCCAAUCAGCUGAUACUCAUAUAUCUCAUGAAUUUAACUGUUCAUUAUUGUUGAAAAUAGGUAAUCAUAUUAUUGACCGAGCGAAGUGAGGUCUAAGAUUCAAGUCGACGGUUUGGCAUUUCUCUUAAUGUUUAUAUGUUGCGCAUUUUCGAUGAAACACGGUAAUAGAUUUUCAUGAAAUUUGACAGGUAUGUUCUUUUUUAAUUGCGCGUCUACGUAUAUACAAGGUUUUUGGAAAUUUUGUAUUUCAA